AUGAAAACCCCCGUACAGAGAACACUUAAAGAAGAAACCUCUUUGGCAUCAUCCACUCCACUGAAAUCGGAACGAAAAGUUGCUUCAAAGUCACCAGCAAAGGUGUCCCCAGCAGUGCUCACUUCAAAACCAGAGAAGAAGAGCACCGUGCGAGUAGAUAAAGCUCCAAUAAUGAAACCAGUAAAACCGACCGAUAACAAGAAGACUAGCAGCACAGUGACACCCAAAGCGGACAAGAAGAACACUGUGAAGAAGACAAAGGAUGUCGGACUGCAAAGGGGGAAGCCUCCAACCUGA